GAGAAGACCAACACAGUCCCGCGUGACGCUGUUGCUGGGUAGGAGAGACAGAACACCCGAUCGCGUUCGAGUGGGAAGCUCGACAGGCUGAGACGGUGAACCGGUUCCGGUCCGGAUGAUGGCGGCUGACUGCGAGGCUUGGCUCAACUCCAACCCCGUCGACGCUGAGGAUCUCAGCGAUUCAGUCUCAUCUGGAGAAGAAGGCGACAGGAAAUGGUCCGUCUCCAGUAAGACCGUCACCGAGGUCAACGGCGGCUGCGUGGCGUCGUCCAGCAUCCAGGAAGCUCGCCUCAAAGCGAAGGCCAAGCGGAAGCUGAGGAAGAACUCCUCCAGGGAUUCCGGCCGGGGCGACUCCCUCAGUGACAAUGGGGACGUGCUCAAGGGAAGCGCGGCAGCGCCCACAAGUCCCAAGAGUAAACUGAUGGACAGAAAAACCCGCCUGGGGAAGGGCAGAGGUCUGCCCAAAAAGGGUGGAGCAGGAGGAAAAGGUGUUUGGGGAAGAUCUGGAGAACUUUAUGAACCAGUAAAAGUAGACGAAAAGGACCCCAACUUUGAUGAAGACCAGGAGAACUGUGUGUAUGAGACCGUGGUUCCUCCACUGGAAGAGAGCGACUUUGAGAAGACCGUCGCCCCCAUAGUUCAAGAGUACUUUGAACACGGAGACACCAAUGAAGUAGCUGAGCUGCUUUCGGAGCUGAACCUGGGGCCCAUGCGGAGCGAGGUGCCGUCCCUGGCCGUGUCACUGGCCCUGGAGGCCAAAGCCAGCCACAGGGAGCUGACUUCCAGGCUGCUGGCGGACCUGUGUGGAAGCGUCCUGUCACACAGAGACAUGGAAAAGUCCUUUGACAAGCUGCUGGUGGAGCUGCCUGACCUGGUCUUGGAUACGCCUGGAGCCCCUCAGUUGGUUGGACAAUUUAUUGCUCGAGCUGUCAACGACCAAAUACUGUCCAAGACCUACAUCGACGGCUACAGAGGCAAAGUGGACUGUGAAUACGCCAGGGCGGCGCUAGACCGAGCUGUUGUGCUGCUGAAGAUGAGUAAAGGUGGACUUCGAAUUGACGGCCAGUGGAGCAUCGGUGGAGGACAAAGAUCUGUCACACAACUCAUUAAAGAGGUUAAUCUCCUCCUGAAGGAGUACAUCUUAUCUGGAGACUUGAAGGAGGCGGAGAGAUGCCUGAGGGAUCUGGAGGUCCCUCACUUCCACCACGAAUUCGUCUACGAGGCAAUCGUGAUGGUUCUGGAGUCCAAAGGGGAGAAAAUGUUCAAGAUGAUCUUGCAGCUCCUCAAGUCCCUGUCCGUGUCCUCCAUCAUCACUGUGGACCAAAUUAGAAGGGGCUAUGAGAGGGUUUACAUGGACAUUGCAGAAAUCAACAUCGAUGUUCCUCGAGCGUACUACCUACUGGAGCAGUUUGUGGAGAAGAGUUUCAACAUGGAAAUAGUUGGAAUGAAGCUGAGGGAUAAAUGUCCUCGUCGGAGCCGGAAGAGGCUGGUCAGCGAGGGAGACGGCGAGGUGGUGGAAAUGGAACGGUUCUAAGACCAGAACUCCUGGAAGGAGGACAAAAAAGCAGAACCACGAGGUUUUCUCCCUUCUGUUAGAACAAUUCUGGAUAAAGAAAAUGCCGUGUGACUAAAGCAUCAUUUGCCUAAAGGUGUUAGUAGAUAACAUUGACAUAAGCUAUCCCUGAAGUGCCACGCCUCCCAGCAUUCAUCAUUUCCUCUUAUUGUGUAGAACGUUGUUUCUUUGUGUGAUUUCCCAAAAGUGUUUGUGAACAAAAACAAAAAAGACUUGAUUGGUGUUCAGAGCUUUAUGGAGGGGGGGGGGGGGGGGGGGGUUCCAUACAUAAUGGGAGAGCAGUAUUGGGUAGUAAACCGUCUUCUUUUGUGUUUGCUGUGCUUGACUGUUUACCUGCUGCAACACACAGGUGUCAUUCAGGUAGGGAUACCACACAUCAGGUAACGUCCUAGAAGGCUGUACAUAAGGUUUUAUUUUUGUACUUUCACAAGAAUAUCGACCAAUCUGUGUUUGUUUAUUAAACCGUUCAGAACGGAAA